AUUCUGGUGCGAGGAAACCGCAAUCGAGUUCCAUCGACAACACACAAUUCGGAGUAGUGCAUAAUCUGCAUGAUUUGACGUAUUUGACAAAUCUCGGAGGGACUCUCGACUGCAUGCGGAACAACAGUCUCAAUUAGAGAAUCAAGUUCCGUAGGAGAUAUUUUAUUUUUUAAUACUUUUCGCCAUGGACACGGACAGGCCGUUACACGAAGAUUGGAGGAAACGGGUUUUUGUGGGACCACUACCGGAUAGUUUCUUGAGAAUAGAAGAACGUAAUGCGCAAUUGCAACAGGAGGCAGCAGAUCAGCAAGCAGCUUUAGCUCUUCAACAACAGAUGCAAAGUAUGCCAGUGAAUGCUCAUGAUCCAAGAGUAGGCAGACUUAAUGUAACAAUUUCUCAGGCCAAAUUAGUAAAGAAUUAUGGAAUGACAAGGAUGGAUCCUUACGUAAGAUUACGAGUGGGACAUGCUGUAUAUGAGACGCAUGCAGACACAAAUGGUGGAAAAAAUCCACAUUGGAACAAAGUAAUUCAGUGUCUCCUUCCACUUGGAGUUACUCAAGUAUACAUAGAAAUUUAUGAUGAGUGUUCUUUUGUGAUGGACGAGUUGAUUGCGUGGGGUCACAUAGACAUUCCACCACAGGUUAUUCAGAAAGGGGAGACACAUGAGGAUUGGUACAUGCUUAGUGGCAAGCAAGGAGAGAAUCAAGAAGGCAUGAUCAAUUUAGUUUUUAGUUACACGAAUAAAUGGUCUCCGUAUAUGGGCUCUUCUUCAGUAAUGAUGGUUCCAUCGGCAACAAUGUUCGGCAUGCCUUAUGCUCCGGUAAACGUUUAUACAACACCACCGCCGACUGCUGCUGCUGCUGCUGCUGCUGCUGCUGCUGCUGCACCAGCACCAACACCAGCACCAGCGGUUACACCAAGUUCUUUGCCAAAUGCUGAGGCUGAAUUGAAACAGAUCGCGGAAAUGUUUCCGAACGUUGACAAAGAAGUCAUCAAAUCGGUAUAUGAUGCUAAUCACGGCAAGAAAGAUGUUACGAUUAACUCGUUGCUUCAAAUGUGCGAAUAAGCCCUAAUUUUCUACGCAAUUUGCCAUACGUAAUUUUGUUAUAUUUUUCGUUAAGUAUUGUGGAAUAUAACAUAAUGUAUGGAGACCUAAUUUGUAACACUUCCAUACGUAAUAAUUAAGGUCGAAGUAUUCUUUGAUUAAUUUUAUUCUUUGAAUAUGUGAAAUAAUAUUUGCUUUUGAGAGAUAAAGCAUGUUAUUUGUAAUAUAAUCUCACUUAGUCAGUUUUGCCAUA